AUGGGGAAGCUCGCUAAGUUAAAAAGGCUCCUUCUUCUGCUCCCUCUUGUCCAAAUCAUCCUUGCGCAGAAUAAUGACGGACGGGCGGGAGUCACCUCUAAAGGAAGGGUGCAUUCCUCUGGGUGGGUAACCGAUGGAAAGGGCGACGAGGGAAGGUGCGUCAGGCGAAAUGCCGAUCCAUAUGUCUUAGGGAGAGACCCCUUCGGAGGCAUAACCAAGGGAAGGUUCUCCCCCAAAGGAGUGCACUACGGUGAGAGGAACGACUCAAAUGAGAACCACUCCCUUUUACUUCUCCUCAAAAGUCAAGACAGGAGAAGGGGUGUGAAAGGGUAUUAUCUUGGAAGAUUCCCACUUGGGGAAGACUCAGCUAUAAGAGAGUAUAAGCCAAGUGGUGCCAUAAAAAUGGUAACAAAUCAUCUACAUAGUCAGGCAAAAUUCUGGAACAAUGAUAUAGUAAUCAUUGCGCAUGAAUUGUUUGGAGUGUCCCCCAUGGGGAAGUUAUCCACGAGGAGGGUAGCCAGACAUUUGGCAGAAGACGACGACAACGAUGAUGAAGAGGAUGACGGGGAGGAUGAUGGGGAGGAUGACAGCGAGGAUGAUGGGGAGGAUGACAGCGAGAAUGGCGGUGACGAUGAUGACGACGGGGAGGAGGAGCAGCAGGAGGAGGAGCAGCAGGAUGAUAAUGAGGAGGCGGCGGAGGAAGAGGAAGAAAAAGAUGAAAACGCUGCGGGGGAGGAGGAUCCAUAUCAGAGCAAGUCGUCCCUCAAGGGAGAGGACGAAGAUUACCAGAUCAAAGGAAUGGACUUAGAAGAGGAUUUGGCACCAGAAGAUGAUGAGAGCCUUGUGUUUGACGUUUCAGAUGCUUCGGAUGAGACCUUUGACAAGGUGGAGGAAGGGUUCGAGGGGACAAUAAAAGGGAAUGAUGAAAAAUUAAAAGAAGCUGAUGAAGACGUUGAAACCUUUCAAUCUAGCAGCACGAACAAAGAGUACGUGUGCGAUUUUCAGGCACGCUUAUCCCCGAAAGAGAGCCCAAAAAAGGCAGUGAUCUGCGAAAUGAAGAUCCAAGAACCCCUCGUCAAGGUAAAGAUUGUGUGUCCAACGAAAUCCUCAGACGGAGAUAAAUAUGCUUCGAUGGAGUACUUCCCCAAGAAAGCUCCAUACGUCACUUUGGUGAACAAAAAUGAAGAUUCUGAGACGGAGAAAGACUUGUUGAAGGAGAAAAAGCUAGCCGUUCUCAUACACGGGGUUAUCAUACCUCCAAAAGUUAGCGAGAAGGAAAACGAAUUAGAAAAGGGAGCCAUUGAAUUCAUCCUACCUCCAGUAUUUAAACAAAGAAAAAAGAUAUAUUACAUCUGCGACAAUAGCAAGUCAGUUGAGGAUAGCGAUAAGAAAGGGGGCAGAGGAGUUGUCUCCAUUUCGAUAGAACCCUAUGGCCAAUCCGUUAAGGGAUGCAACUACACUGGAAAAAAAAAACACUUCUUUACUUACGAUUAUGAAAAAGAUAAAGACAUGAAGCACCCAUGUGUGUUUCAUGUAAGCGCUGGCGAGAUAGGAGGGAUUAGAUUUCCUAAGGGAACCAAAUCGACUACCUGUUUCGAUCAAAUGAUUGCUCACUCAUCGAAUCAGCAGUUGGACAAGGGGAAGAAAAGUCUCAGUGAAAUCAUAGACAGCGCAGUUGUUUACAAUAAAGACUUCGAGGCCAAGUACUUCAAAAUAAAGUACUUUAGCAUUCCAUCCAGUUUCCGAGAUAAAAUCCACUUAUUCUGUCACAUACACUUAGAGGAAGGCGAUAAAAAACACAUGGUCUAUAUCAGCAUAAAUCAGGAGAUAAACCUCUCCGUUUUCGAUCUGUAUGAAUCGUUUUCUAAUGUGAAGAAGGUAAUACAAGUUCCCGAGAAGACAGAAGGGAAGAAAGAGUACACAUGUGAUUUUAAAGAUAAGCUAGACAAGACGGCAGAUCCAAACGAGAAGAAGGUUAUCAUCUGCAGGAAGAGGUUAACUGAAUUUGAUACAUUCCAUAUGAAGUGUCCAAUGAAGAAGGGCAAUUAUGAAAAACUAGAAAUGAUUCCAAAGACGCUCAAGCAAGAAACGGAGACGAAAAAUAUAAACGUCCUGAAGGUACAACUAGAGGUACAGUACCAGCUAUUUAAAAAAUACCUCCAGUUUCACGAUAAGUAUGGGACCUACCUCCCUGAUUAUCCUUCCUUGCUCAACUUUCCUCUGAACCGAGUGGCCAAACUGGAGUUGAAAAAGAAUUCCAUCUUCAAGAAUCACAAAGACUCUUCCUACUUUGAUGAAGUUCCACUUCCAUCCGAAGGGUUAGUGAAACUCCUCGCCUACUUAGAUGCACAAGAGAUAGUCGUCCUAAGGAAGCAAAUACCUAACCUGGAUAUAAGUGAAGACCAAUCUGAGGGUAACUUCUUCGACUUGAAAGUUCAGAUACCUCCCUACAUCGACACAGACGAACCUUUGUAUGUGCUCAUGGGAUGUAACAACACGAAUGAUGAGGGCAACCUAGGCAUCGUAGAGUUAGUCUUAUCGAAAAGCGAACACAUCGUUAAGGGGUGCAACUUUUCCAGCCUAAAGAUAGACCACUUCACGAACAACGUGGGAUCCACAGAGCAGACGUGUGAUAUUACAGCCUACCCAAAUGACAUAGUUGGUUUUAACUGCUCCAAGACGAACGUGCCGGAGUCCGACCAAGAGGACAGCUCCGAUGACCCCAACGUAGUCAUAGAGCCGGAAGGAUGCUUCACAGAAGUCUAUAACAAAUCCCACGAAAAGAAAGACAUCACUACCAUCCUGCCAGGAGCUUUAGUGUACUCAAAUGGGAAGAAAAAAAAGUCCAGGUCAUUUAUAAAAAUACCCACAGUUCCAGUUAAAGAUAAGUUGGAGUUUUAUUGCAAGUGCAAAAUAGAUAAUGUGGUGAACUCCAUGAAUGUGAAGGUACUUGGGGACAGAGACAAUGAAAAGACAGCUAUCGUAGCGGAGAAGAAGAAGGCAAUCAUAACCGAGAAGGGGAAUGAGGAAGAUGGAAAAAUCUAUAUGUGCCCAAAUAAGACCCUCAUUGAACCUAAACUGGAAAAGCUAGAUGAUCGUUAUGUGAAGAAUAUAUGCGAAGUAGAGGUGAAAGAGAUAGACAGCUACGUUGAGCUCUACUGCCCCUCGAAAGAUUUCUCCAUCCACCGGGAUAUAAGCCUGAACUACACCACGGUGACACCAACCAAGGAGGACACUGAAAAAACGCUUAACCAGGAGGCGCUCGACAAAAUCAUUCCCCACGCCGAGAUCCUACACAAUACCAGAAGCAUCCUCCCUCUGAAGAGUACUACCAAUGACAAGGAAAAAGUGGACCUCUCUCAUGUUUAUUUAUUUUUCCCCUACUAUGUUAAGGAAGAACAUAAAUUUAAUAUUAUAUGUGAUAAUAGCAAAACGUUCUUUGAGCAGAAGAGGGGAAGCUCGUUGACGUACGAGAUUACCGUUCCACAGAGGAGUAAGAAAGUCAAGGGAUGUGACUUCACUACUCCCAACACAUCGGAGAUCUUCCUAAACAAGCCUACAGAAAAUAACUGUUCGGUAGAUGCAGUUCCGAAGGAUGUAAUUGGGUUCGUAUGUCCCCCCGAUUCAGUCAAAAUAACUAGCUGCUUCAAAGACGCAGUUGUGAAUGAUAACCUCACCAACAUCUCGGAGAUGCUCCAUCUGAAGAAUAACAUCGCCAACUACACACACAAGCACAAAUUUAAUUACAUCCAAAUACCAAGUGUCAUCACGGAAGACUUCUCUUUCAAAUGUAUAUGUGUGAAUUUGCAGAAGGACUACCAGUUGAAGUCUCCUCCAAGCGACAAGCUCCUCGAUGUCAUUUACCAGAAAAUAGACAUAAAGAAAGGAGACAGCUACACCAGAGGAGAUGCAAAAAAUAAAUUCCUAAUGAGUGGCCUAGAUCUAUACUUGGCUCAUAAGAAAAACAAACUGAUGAGUAUCUUCCAGAAGGUGGAUGAGAAGAAGCCAUAUGAGGAUGAAGCCAACCCGGAAGAGAUAAUCCAAGAAAUAGCCAACGCAGAAACAUAUGAUGAUGGAAUGGCUUCUACUUGUUCCCUUUCACAAAUAAUAGACAACUACAUCUCGGGAGACGACUACUCUGUGUAUACCAAUGUAAGUGACGACUCCUUAGAAGAAACGAUAAUGAAAGAAAUAUCAGCGCUUGACAAAUCUCACUUCAAAUUGUACACCCUCACGGUCAAUUUCAAGGCAUCCAAACUGAUAGAGCCGAAGAAGCUUAAAGACAACCAGUAUGUGUGCGACUUUUCGAAAAAGAUCCUACUCCUACCGGAACCUUUAAGUGAGGAGUCCCCACCCGAGCUCCACUGCAACGUUGCACUGAAGCCACUGGACACACUGUAUGUUAAGUGCCCAACGGUGAAGGAAACUUACGCCACUGCAAAGGGGAAAACGGCAGAAAAAGAUGAUGACGAGGACAAGGGAAUCAUUACUAUCCUGGAGGAUGCUGCCACCGGUGCUGAUCUUGCCAGUUCCUCUCCCAUGGACGAUCCCUCUUUUGUUAAAUACUUCGACUCAGUCAGUAUGAAGCCGAGUGAAUUUUUUAAGAAAGUUCUGAAAGAUGAUGACCAGGAGGAAGAAGAAAUAGAUAAAAUCCUACCAGGUGUAGUCUACACAUCUCUGAAGGUGCUGAAGAAAAGCGACCCCUUCACCUCCUACGCUGCUCUGAUUGUGCCACCCACUAUAUCUCGGAGCGAAUUUUUUAAAGUGGAGUGCAAUAAUAGUGCAUACAAAGAUGGAGCAAAAAAUGGAGGGUACAAAGGGAUCAUCCAUUUGAAUAUCUCUAAAAGUGAGAAAAAAACCAUAGGGUGUGACUUCACCUCUGCUGGUAGCACUAUCUUGAGUAAAGGCAUUGACCUUCCCACUGGACAAGAAACAAAGUGCGAAGUGGAGGUUACGAAGAAUGAAAUCUUCGGCAUUAGAUGCAGCGAUGAUUAUACUUUUGAUCCAGUCAAGUGCUUUCACGAGGUUCAUGAUAAGACCGAGAAGAGUAAAAAAAUCGAGGAACUCAUCCCAGAUGUGCAGGUAUUCUCUCUACCAAACUCGAAGACAAAAGUAUCCUAUGGAAAAAUCCCAUUAGACUAUGUGAACAAGAUAAAUUUCUCCUGUUCUUGCAAUAAAUCGGAUGACAACACAAAGGGAACCAUGAACGUAGUGGUGAACAAAGAUGAGGUCGAACUGGAAAACAUGAAAAUGACAGAUGCAGUGAAACACGGUCAGGUAAACUUCUGCAACUUCUUCGAUGAUGACGAGCUCGUCUUUAAGAAGAACCCAGAUAAGACGGUCCAAUGUAAAGUCGAUGCAGAGCUGUUCUCCGAGGUAGUCGUAAUCCUGCCUAAUAUAGGAAGUGGCCGCCUGGACCGGGACUACACAAAUUUUUCUACGACCCCGCAACUAGAUGAAGGGAAAGACAUCAAAGUUAUUGAUGAUGAGAAAGGUGAAGUGUCCCUAACCAGUGCUCUAAAGGGAGUGUACGGAAAUAGAGUCUUCUCCUUCGAGAAGAACUCGAAAAAGGGAAUCGGGUUCAGCUUCUUCAUCCCUCCCACGUUUGAGAAUAAACACUUCAAAAUAGUCAUUAAAGAGUCGAAGCUCCUCGCCACCGAGAAGCAGAGAGGAAUCAUUUUCAUCAUCGUCAGGAAGAAUGUAGAACCUGGUUCUCUCAAGAUGUGUGAUUUUACAUCUAGUGAGUACUCUCUAGCUCAGUUAGACGCAAAGAAUAACGAAAAGGUAUGCAAUGUGAAGAUAACCAAAGGAGACAUUUUCGGCAUCACCUGUCCUAAGGGAUUCUACCUCUACCCGGAGGCCUGCUUCUCCAACGUUACUCUGGAUUACUACAAGGGGGAGCUUCACGUCGAAGAUGAGGAAAAAGAAGGAAACGAUGAAGAAAUCAACUUCUCCGAGAAAACCAAAACGAACAUGCGAUUAAAAGAUUUGUUACAUCUAAUUGGAGACGAUGACACCAAAAUGGCUGAUUUGCAAAAAUACUCAGAAUUCUCCAACAUCACCGAAAUGCUUAAUUUUGAGACCUUCCAUUUGGGUUCUAUGCAUCUAGAUUAUCAGAACAACUACACAUCUUCCUAUGCAAAGGUUCCAAUGAAAUUUCGAAGCGCCAUUAAAUUCUCAUGCAGCUGCUACAGUCCUACGAAGAAGGUGUUCGGAUCGAUGGACAUCGAAACGGAGUAUGCGUCUUCCGAGGGGGAGCCCAAAAUUCGGGAAGACCCCUUUGUCCAAAAUAAGCUUCUCCCGUUGAGAAAUAAAAUUAGUAUAGAUGCAGACGAAGUGGAACCCAUUGAAGAGAUAGAUACAAUGGAAGAUUCAGAAGCGGCAGAUUUAGAGGGAUGCAAAGAAGACGGAACAUGCAGCAGCAACCUGCUGUCCCAAGGAAUCAGCUACACGUGUGACUUCUCUCAGGAUUCUCUAUUCACUCCCAUCGAAGGGAAGAUACAGAAGAACACAUGUACUGUCGAUGCCCAAGCCUUAGAUGUGGUAACUAUAAAAUGUCCAGCCAUACCCGACCACGUGCACAAGGAAGACGCAGUCAGUGAAGAGGAAGAGACGGAAAAGGUAACCAUCACCAUAGGUGAGGAAGAGUUUGUCACAUACCCGGAGGAGAAGACAAAGAAGAAGACAUUCUCCCUAAAAGAAAUCUAUGAUAGGGAAUACUACGGUAUGACUAGCGAAGAAGUCAUAAAUAUGAGAAAGUUAGAGGCAGGAUGGGACAAGAAACAGGUGUAUUAUCCAAAACGGGUUCUAGACCACGUAAUCGUAGCAAAUAAGGUAACCAAACUGGAAGAUGUCCUACCAGGGGUGCUGCAUCUACAAAGUAAGGUAAACGACGAAUUGAAGACAACUGACUUGAUAAAAGACGGUGUGGUCCGAUUCCUCAUUCCACCGUAUGUGAAGAAUGACUUCCAAUUUCACCUCUUCUGUGGAAAGUCAUCUGAGGAGAAACCAAAAGGGAAGAACACGUCCCUCGGAAUGAUACAUAUAAACGUCUCUGCCAACAGGAGAGAACUUCAAGGCUGCGAUUUUAUAAACGAUAAGGAGGAGGACCCCGACUCAGUCAUUUUGAUCAAUAAACAGGAAGAAUCGGAUGACCACAUGUGUAACAUUUCCCUCAUCCCCAACACCGUCGUCGGAAUCAACUGUCCAUCGGAAAAACUCCACCCAGAGAACUGCUUCCACGAGACGUACUUUAUCUCUGAUUCGGAAGAAGCAUCUGUCGGUAGAGAUGAUAUCGACCAAACCAAGGAACAAAUUACAAACGUCAUUAAGGGAGCUAUACCUGUGUCCAAUUUCUCCAAUAAGAAGAAUACCUACACAUAUCUCAUCCUCCCAAAAGAUAUGAAAGAUCUGGAGACAUUGGAAAAAAACUUCUAUUGCAUGUGUGAUAGGGACGUAAUAAAAAUGAAGAUUGAUAAAAUUUACUUAAAGAAAGAAAAGGAGAGCCGAGUCGAGAAUGGAACCUGUUCCUACGACAGCGUGAAAGAUGUCACCACGUGUAAUGUCGUAGAAUUGAUGGAGAGUCUCCAAGAUAAAGACAACACGACGUAUCACAACCAAUUGAACUUAUCAAGAUGGGAUAAACUUAUUUUAAAAUAUCCAACAAAUGAGAAGAAGGAUUAUGAAAAAAUAUUUGUCAAUCCAAUUAAUAUAAAAGACAAGGUACUCUUUAAGAGGAUCCCUACGCCCAUUGAAGAACUCCUCCCUGGAGCUAUCACCACGAAUAAACUUAACUCAGUCACCAAAACUAUUGAGCAUACCUUGAGAGUCCCUCCUUAUGUUUCCAAAGAAGUGAACUUCUCUCUAGAAUUCAAUAACUCACUCACCUCCAAAACGGUAAAUGGUAAUGUCACUUACGGAGGUAUUGUCAAAAUCUUUAUUCGCGUCCAUGAAGGGUACAAUGAAAUCAGUGGCUGUGAUUUUAGCGGCAUGUAUAAGGACCUUUUCAGCCACAACUUCGACCCUAAUUUGAAGGAGAGUAAAACAUGUUCUGUCACCUUUGGCAACAAUAGCUAUGCUGGGUUUGCUUGCCCAAGGAAAUUUCACGUCCUUCCGCAGAAUUGCUUCGAAUCGGUAUAUGACAAUACUGAUAAAAUGAAAGAGAAGAAACUCGUCGACCUUUCGGAGAAAGCCGAAUUCGAUUUCGUUCAGUACAACGCCCGUGGCGUCAGCCUAUCGUACGUGACCUUUAAGCAGGACACCAAAGGGCACAACAUCUCCUGCAAGUGUGUCUCCACUGAAGUCACCCACAUCAUCAAUGUGAUUUUCCAGCCUGACGUCGACCAUUCCCUCCCCAAGACGCGUAUCCGCAUAAGGUACGUCGACUUGAGCAAGGCCACCUUCAGUUCGCACCUUCGCGGGAGGUGA